AUGGGAUUCAAAUGCAAAAUUGGAACAACACUUCCAUAUGCCAAGAAACAGCUAAGCCUUGCCACUUGUUGGGUGUGGAGGCGUCGGAUUGUUAACCAGCCAGUUCACAAGGAAAUGAUGGCCUUGCCAACUGGUCCAGAGAGUGAGAACUCCAUUAUGUUGCUCGGAGCAUGCAAAGUCAAUCCCACCAAAAGACAAGGGCGCCAAGCCGUGAUUGCUUCCAUCAGCCAUUUCCACAAACUACAUAACUGUCAAAUCAUUCCUAUUCCUUGUCAACUGGUUCAGUUAAUCUUCUCAUCCCUCCUCAUUUGCAUUGAGGAACAAGGAGAAGAGGGAUAUACUGAGCCAAAUAGAGGAUAUUCCCUGGAGAAUGGUGUCAAAUUGGUGAGCGCUUGGCGCGCUCCUGCCCCUGAUAAAAGGUAUGGUAAACCAACCACGUACACCAACCAAAUCACGGCUUGGCGUCCUCCUGGUCUGGACCGCGACGGGCACAGCUUUUGGGGGAUCACCGCUUGGCGUGGUAUGUCAGGGACAGCUGGAAGUGACAUCAUUUAUGCCCCACCUUCGGCGGUUAAAGCUUAG